UUGUAUGCUUUUGACCAGGUUGGAGACGACCUCUUUGGAGAGAACUACUUAAAAAGCUUUCAACAAGAUGGUGUCGACACCACACAUAUAGAAAUUUCAAAGGAAAGUCCGACUGGUACCGCCACCAUAAUUGUUAAUGGACGUGGUGAAAACAUCAUUGUCAUAACCAUGAGUGCCAAUGCAGAAGUGAAUGAAGAAGUUGCGGAAAAACAUGAGGAUGCACUUGAAGAUGCGGCGAUUGUGAUGAUACAGGCGGAAGUUUCUCCAAAAGGAAAUAAAAGAAUUUUUGAACUCGCUAAGGAUCACGAUGUGCAAACAUUCUUCAAUCCUGCUCCUGGAGAUCCAAACUUGGACAAGUCCAUUCUAUCACUAACCGACAUCAUUUGUACAAAUGAGAGUGAGACAGAAUUCAUAACGGGUAUAAAACCAGAGACAGUGCAUGACGCUAAGAAAGCAGCUGCCGAAAUGAUUACUAUGGGACCAGAACAUGCGAUUAUCACCUUGGGAGCACAAGGUAGCUCUUGCUUUUCUUUACAAAUAACCUUAAAUGCCAGACAAGGCUUUGAAAUUUGCGGUUCUCCUUCCCUUAUUGGCACCUGA